UGAAUCCGUCCUCGUCAGAUUCGGCGCAUGUAAUCCGUGCAUUCGCGAAAAAAAGCUAGUUUGAAAUCCUCAGUUUUCUUCUCGAUUCAAAGCAAUGGCACAGGCUUUCGGUGACCAUGACCAACCGGCCAACACUAUCGGUGUCAACCAGGGAGGCCCACACGGUUUGGGCGAUCCCAACGACCGGCGACUGAGGAAGGUCGAACGGGAAGUGCUCAUUCCGAAGAUAAUGCGAGAACGAGCCAAAACGGAAAAAUGCACACCGGAGAUCCAGGAUUUUGAGGCGUGCUGCAAAGGUUCCGGCCUGCUGAUGGCGAUGAAGUGCCAGAAACAGAACGAAGCCCUCAAGGCGUGUUCCCUCCGGUGGUACAGCGACGAACAGUUCAAGGCGGAGUGUACGGAGAUUUACCUAGCGGAACGGAGCGAGUAUCGGCGAACGGGGAUACCCAAGAAGUUUCGGAACAUGAACCUGGACCAACCAUCCCAGUAGAGAAUGUGUUUUUAUUGCUAUUUUUUUUUCUUUCGUUUUAUGGAGCAGCAAGCUGAAUACUACGUCGAUGACGACUGUCUUUCAAGAUAUUUUACAGUCAGGCAUAGGUAUGUUUAGUAUCAAGUAAUGUUCAACCCCGUGGGGGAAAUGCGGAUAUCGCAGAAUGAUAGAUGUCCAACACAUCCCCAAUAUAAACUGUAUAUAUGUGGCUGUUCAGAAUAAACACACGCUAGUUUCAAAAACUA